GUUUUAGCAAUUUUCUCUUAAAACUAUAUUUAUUUUCACGUCCGCGAUCGUUCUCCUGCAGUUAUAAAAUCGUCGUUUCUGGAAUUCCCGUCUACACCGCAGGCGACUGGAGAGGGAAAGAAACCGUCAAUUCGUGUGAGUCCAGAGUUUUGAUUUUAGAGAGAGGGAAGCAUGGUGUCUUACUGUCUGUAUAUCAUGACUCGUGAGGAAACAGUCGAGAAUUAGACCUCUAGAUAGAGAGAGAGAGAGAGGGCUUUUCGAAAGUCUCAGUAGAAGACGAGAAGAACGAUCGUUAGAGAGAGAGAGAGUGGAGUCUAGAGAGAGAGUGUGUGCAGGCAGGGUUCCCGACUCUAGAGAGAACACAAUAUUGGCAGUCGCUGAGAGAGACUGAAGAGGCCAGAAGGGGUGCUAAUUUAUUUGAUUUCACAGUCAUCAUCUUGAGAGAGGGUAGAGAGAUAGAGAAGGAGAAACCAUGGUUAUCAGCACGGCGAUUGCCGAUGCAGGCCAGGCCCUUCACUGCACAUUCGCUUCGAGAUAUGUCCGCACGUCUCUUCCGAGGUUCAAGAUGCCUGAGAAUUCGAUCCCGAAAGAUGCGGCUUAUCAGAUUAUAAACGAUGAGUUGAUGCUUGAUGGGAAUCCGAGGCUCAAUUUGGCAUCCUUUGUUACGACAUGGAUGGAACCAGAGUGCGAUAAACUCAUCUUGUCCACCAUUAAUAAGAACUACGUCGACAUGGAUGAAUACCCUGUCACCACUGAGUUACAGAAUAGAUGCGUGAAUAUUAUUGCCCAUCUCUUCAAUGCUCCGGUCAAGGAAGAGGAGGCGGCAGUUGGAGUUGGAACUGUUGGGUCUUCGGAAGCUAUAAUGUUGGCUGGGCUGGCAUUCAAGAGGCAGUGGCAGAACAAGAGAAAAGCGGAGGGCAAACCUUAUGAUAAACCCAACAUUGUAACCGGUGCCAACGUGCAGGUAUGUUGGGAGAAAUUUGCUAGGUAUUUUGAGGUGGAGUUGAAGGAAGUGAAGCUUAGAGAGGGUUACUAUGUUAUGGACCCAAAAAAGGCUGUGGAGAUGGUGGAUGAGAACACAAUAUGUGUGGCUGCCAUAUUAGGUUCUACUCUUAAUGGUGAAUUCGAGGAUGUUAAGCUUCUCAAUGAUCUCUUGACAGAGAAAAACAAGGAAACAGGUUGGGGUACUUCUAUUCAUGUAGAUGCAGCUAGUGGAGGGUUCAUUGCACCCUUUCUCUACCCUGAUUUGGAAUGGGAUUUCAGGCUGCCCUUGGUGAAGAGCAUUAAUGUUAGUGGCCACAAGUAUGGCAUGGUUUAUCCAGGUAUUGGGUGGGUGAUUUGGAGAACUAAGGAAGAUUUACCAGAUGAACUCAUCUUCCAUAUCAAUUAUUUAGGAGCAGACCAACCCACUUUCACCCUUAAUUUUUCCAAAGGUGCCAGUCAGAUCAUUGCACAAUAUUACCAGUUCAUACGCUUGGGCUUUGAGGGCUAUCGAAACAUCAUGGGGAAUUGCGCAGAAAAUGCCAAAGUCUUGAGGGGGGGGCUAGAGAAGACAGGCCGAUUCGAGAUCAUCUCGAAGGAGGUGGGGGUGCCACUUGUGGCUUUUGCUUUCAAGGACAGCAAGCACAAUGUGUUUGAGAUAUCUGAAAACCUUCGAAGAUUUGGAUGGAUUGUGCCUGCGUACACUAUGGCCCCCGAUGCCCAGCACAUUGCUGUCUUAAGGGUGGUAGUGAGAGAGGACUUCAGUCGAACGCUUGCCGAAAGGUUGCUUAAUGAUAUACUGAGGGUUUUGAGAGAAUUGGAUGAACUUCCGCCGAAAACAGUGCAGGUGAAGGAAGCCACUGUGCAAGCUGCAGACAAUAGCGCAGAUGGGGUGGUGUUCAAGAAGAGUGUAAGAGAGACACAGGAAGAGAUUACCAGGUAUUGGAGGAGGUUUGUUCAGGGCAAGAAGAUGAAUGGGGUGUGCUGAAGCUAGAGAGAGAUUGUGGUUUUAUUGAGAGAGUUAUAACUAGUCGAUAUUUUGUAAAUAAGGAGUUGCUUGUGGUGGGUUUUGUGUGGCUUUUGCCUUUUCUUUUGUUUCAUAUUGUGGGGAACGUGCAUUGCAUCUUAUUGUCUAAAUGUUUAGGACUUGAGGUUUUCUUCACUCUUUUCUAAUGCCACAAUGUACUGUUACGUAGGAUUAUCAUCGA